UGGCCGCCGUUAACGUCGAGGGUGGGGGAUGUAGGGAACGUGAACCGGGGACCAGUUCGUCAGGUUCCAUCAGGACCCGGGUGACAGAACACGGAUCAACCUGCGGAACUCCAUCUGCAUCGCGUCUCCAUCAUGUCCUCCACCGACAGCUUUAAGGAGUGCAGGGCCACAGCGGAUUGGCUGAUGUCCAAAACACAAGUGCGGCCGACUGUGGGAAUCGUGUGCGGCUCAGGUCUGGGGGGGCUGGCCGAGAUGCUCAAGGACCCGCAGGUCUUCAAGUACAGCGACAUUCCCAAUUUCCCACGGAGCACAGUGCAUGGUCAUGCUGGACAGCUGGUGUUUGGGACUCUGAAAGGGAAACCGUGUGUUUGCAUGCAGGGUAGAUUCCACCUGUACGAGGGCUACCCCAUCCAGAAGAUCACUCUGCCCAUGCGCGUCUUCAAGCUGAUGGGCGUGGAGACGAUGAUCAUGACCAACGCAGCCGGAGGCCUCAACCAGGACUACAAGGUGGGAGACGUCAUGAUCCUCAAGGACCACAUCAACAUGCCGGGUUUCGCCGGAGUCAACCCUCUGACCGGACCCAACGAUGACAGGUUUGGCGUUCGUUUCCCCUGCAUGUCUGACGCCUACGACCGGGAGCUGCGACAGUUGGCGCGCGACGUGGCGGCGGAGCUGGGCUUCGAAGACAUAUUGAAGGAGGGAGUGUACUGCGUCCUCGGAGGCCCGUCCUUCGAGACCAUCGCCGAGUGCCGCAUGCUGCACAGUCUGGGCGCCGACGCUGUGGGGAUGAGCACCGUUCACGAGGUCAUCGUCGCCCGCCACGCCGGGAUGCGCUGCUUCGCCCUGUCGCUGAUCAGUAACCGGUCGGUGAUGGAUUACGACAGCCAGGAGAAGGCCAACCACGAAGAGGUGCUGGAGACGGGCCAGAAGAGGGCCAAGCAGCUGGAGACGCUGGUCAGCACCAUGGUGGCUCGGCUGGAGCACAACAACAACAGCUUCUGAGCGCGUGACUGGAACCAAGGCGGCUGGUCCCAGAUCAGCUCUCCUGCUUCAUCUCAGCGAGAAGAUUCUCCCAAUGUUAGAACGCUACAUAAUCUCCGCAGAGCUUCAUAACCGAGCUUCAUAAAAAAAAAAAAAACCUACUUUGAGAACAGUUUCCACUCCCUGCAUCAAGUCUUAAGAUCAUAAACCUGGUUCUCUUUUUUUAAAUACAUUCCGUUUAUUAUUCAUUAUUAUUAUUAUUCUUAUCAUUUUGAGGUGUUUCAGAUGUUGUGCAGAUAAAUCCUAACUUAUUCCUACUGAGACACAUUGCACUAGACUCAGCCAACUGUAGUGUUUCAGUGAAACAUGUGAUUUUAAUGUGAACUUUCUAAUGUAAAAUAUUUAUUUAUUUUACAUUCCCUGACAUGUUAACCACCGUCAAGAAAACAGCAAUAUUCCAGUUUUAAUGUAGAGAAACCAACUCAUCACUGCAUAUCUUCAUCGUGGCUGAAAGAAGGGGGUAAAAUAUUCUAAGAUAUUUAAACUAAAUGUAUUUAAGCCGUGUCUUUAUGUCGUUUUGAUGAUUUAUAUCGAGUGUUUGAUGGACACACAGUUGAAGAAAGGGAUGACUUCCUGUGUGGAGCAGUUACCAAAGUGUGUAGAUUGAAUUCAAAGCUGCACUUCUCCUCACUGUAAACUAACUGUGCUUUCUUUUCAGAGGUACUUAACUGAAGACUGUACGAACUGUGGAUCUACUUUUUCAAU